CACGUUUCCGCAUUGAAAACGAGGCACGCCGCUUGAAUUUGAAGUUAAUGUUGACAUUUUAAAUAGAAGACUUUUAAAGCAGGACAGUGAGGAUCUAUCUAUGGCAUGGAUCCUCAAAAGAAAGCCACAGUGUUGCAGAUUAUUAGUGCACUAUGGGGUCAACCGGUUUCAACAUUGUUAGAAUUAAAAAGUGGAAAAUACUACCUGCAUGUUUUAAGUCUGUUGGAGCAGUGGAAUAAACAUGUUGAACUCAACAGUGAUGUAGAAAGAUUAAAUUGCAUCAGGAGUUUCCUACAAGAGUUUUAUGGCAACAAUGUCAGACUUGAAGAAUUUUUCAACUUUGACAUCAUUCUGAAUGCGGAUGAAUCAUCUGAAAACUUUAAGGAAGUUGAAUUAGAAGUAGCUAAGGUGGCAGUUGUACUGUUUGGGAUAGGAGUCUUAGAUAAAAAUGGGCAACACUUCAUCAGUUCUGCCAUGCAAUUACCAUCCAACAUGCACAUGGAUGUCAUCACAAUUAUACAGUCAGUUGUGCAAGCAGGUACUACAGAAAUAGCCUUGACCUCCAACAUUGAAAAAGUUUUAAGGGAACCUUCUGGGUUCUUUUCACCGGUUGUUGCUGAGAAGAGUGAACACACUGCCUCCCCGGCACCUAAACUUCGCAAAUCAACAUUUCUGGGCACAGCACAGACAUCUACUCCUAAAGACCGUCGUUUGACAGCCCCAGGAAAUGUCUUCUUUAAAGACAGCCCGCUGAAGCACAACACAUCUCUACUAAACUAUUCCUUGCAAGACAUCACAUCGCCAUUACGGGGGCUGAGUAUAGACACAUCAUCACCAUCUUCUCCUUUGGUUCAGUUUGCUCUUUCUCCCCAACUAAUGCAUAAGGCUACCUUGAAUCAGAAAGAGCUAGAGAUUCGUAAACUUAAGCAGCAAUUGAACGAUCAAAUUUACCUUAAGGAAGAAAUGCAAUUUACAAUACAAGAUCACAUAUCAAAAGGCAUUUUGAAAGAUACUGAAAUCACCAAGCUGCAAGAAAGAAUAAAAGAUCUGUUACAUUUACAAGAUGCUUAUGAUGAAUUGCAAGAAAUGAAAUUAAAAUAUAAAGACAUGGAGAUGGAGUUGUCUAAGUUGAAUAAAAAGGUGUUCGCCCUACAGAAUUACAAAGAACAAGCACACUACCUCGAGAAAGAAAAUAGUUCUCAUAGUGAGGAGAUGGAUAAACUUUUUGAUGAGCUCAAAUUGCUUAGACUGGAAAGUGAAAAAAACAAAGUCCAUCUUAAAACAAUAAACCAGCUUGAAACCCAGAUCCAAACUCUAGAUUUGCAACUUGCUGACUUGAACUCUGCCAAGCAAGAGUGGGACAAGGAAAGGGAAGCAAUCAAAGGAAAUUUAGAAAUGGCCAAAGAAGUCAAUGCGAAGCUACAGCAGGACUUAGAUGAGCUGCAGGCACGCCAGGAAGACAAUUCUCCUGGAGAAACCAUGGGUAUUUUCUUAGAAAUUCAAAUGGGUGAACUUAAAUGCCAGUUAGAAGAAGUGAAGCAAGAACGUGAUGCAUUGCUGGAGAGGUUAAAUCAGGUAAGCCACACUAUCACUGAACAGAACGAGGAAAUUGAAGAGCUGAAGAAUUCUGUCUCCCACAAGGAACAGUUAUGUUUGAGGCUUACAGAAGCUGAAGCCAAGUUGAAUGCUGCUGAAAGCGAAGUUGAAAACUUGAAAACAUUGGAGGAUAAGUUGCGCAAGGAUUUGUCUGAGAAAUGUUCAAAUGUUAUUGAACUCACUGCAUCUGUUGCAAGUCUUGUUGAUGAAAAAGCAGUUAUUUAUUCAGAUCUUGAUGCAAAAACUGAUCAAGUUAAGAGUUUGUUACAGACUGUUGAAGAAAAAUCUGGGCUGAUUGAAAGUCUACAACGUUCACACGAACAGGCGACCAAUCAGCUAAAAGAGGAAAUUUCAGUGUUGUUAGCUGAUUUACAAUCUAAAGAGUCGGCCUUGGUUGAAAAAUCCUCUGAGAUAGAUCAAGUAAGGUUAGAGUUGCAGCUACAAGUUGAUGUGACAGAAAAACAAGAAGUUUUGCUUUCUACCCUCAAGACAGAACUAUCUGAAAUAUCUGUAGCUUUAUCACUGAAAGAGGAAGAAGCUGUUAAAGCUGAGAGUCUGCAUGAGUCUGACAAACAAGUUCAUGAGAAUGAAAUUUUACAGCUGAAGGAACAGCUAAGACAAUGCUCAGAAGGUCUUCAGGCAAAAGAUCUUGCUCUUCAAGAAAGAGAUGCUGAUCUUUUAGAACUAAGAACCAGCCUUAACCAGCAAAAUCUUGCCAUUGCUGAAAAAGCCAUUCUUAGUGAAUCCCUUCAGUCUGAAAUUGCCACAUUGAAAUCAGACAUGCAAAAGAAAGUUGAAGAACUCUGCCAAGUCCAAGAAUUAGUGGAAAGUCUCAAAGAAAACAAUUUGCAAAAAGAUCUUACUCUUCAAGAAAGGGUUGCUGAAAUUUCAGGUUUGAAAUCUGAUAUGGAACAGAAAAUUAAAGAACUCUGCCAAGUCCAGGAAACUCUCAAAGAUGACAUCAUACAGAAAGAUCUUGCCCUUCAAGAAAAAGAUGCUGAAAUCUUAGAAAUCAAAACAAACCUUGAACAAAAAACUGUUGAAAUUACUGAAAAAGAUAUCGUUGUUGAAUCUCUUCAAUCUGAAAUUGAAGCUUUGAAAUUGGACAUUCAACAGAGAAUUAAAGAACACUGCCAACUGCAGGAAUUAGUGGAAACUUUCAAAGACAACAUCAUGCAGAAAGAUCUUGCUCUUCAAGAAAAGAAUGCUGAAAUUUUAGAAGUCAGAUCUAACCUUGACCAAAAAACUGUUGACAAUUCUGAAAAAAUUGUCGUUGUUGAAUCCCUUCAAUCUGAAAUUGCUUCUCUGGAAUCAAAAAUGCAAAAGAAAAUUGAAGAACUCAGCCAAAGCCAGGAAACUCUGAAGGAUGUCAACUUUCAGAAAGAACUUGCUCUUCAGGUAAAGGAUGCUGAAAUAGAUGCUUUGAAAUCUGAAAUCCAACAAUGCUCAGAAGGUCUUCAGGCAAAGGAUCUUGCUCUUCAAGAAAGAGAUGCUGAUCUUUUAGAACUAAGAACUAGCCUCAACCAACAAAAUCUUGCCAUUGCUGAAAAAGCCAUUCUUAGUGAAUCCCUUCAGUCUGAAAUUGCCGCAUUGAAAUCAGACAUGCAAAAGAAAGUUGAAGAACUCUGCCAAGUCCAAGAAUUAGUGGAAAGUCUCAAAGAAAACAAUUUGCAAAAAGAUCUUACUCUUCAAGAAAGGGUUGCUGAAAUUUCAGGUUUGAAAUCUGAUAUGGAACAGAAAAUUAAAGAACUCUGCCAAGUCCAGGAAACUCUCAAAGAUGACAUCAUACAGAAAGAUCUUGCCCUUCAAGAAAAAGAUGCUGAAAUCUUAGAAAUCAAAACAAACCUUGAACAAAAAACUGUUGAAAUUACUGAAAAAGAUAUCGUUGUUGAAUCUCUUCAAUCUGAAAUUGAAGCUUUGAAAUUGGACAUUCAACAGAGAAUUAAAGAACACUGCCAACUGCAGGAAUUAGUGGAAACUUUCAAAGACAACAUCAUGCAGAAAGAUCUUGCUCUUCAAGAAAAGAAUGCUGAAAUUUUAGAAGUCAGAUCUAACCUUGACCAAAAAACUGUUGACAAUUCUGAAAAAAUUGUCGUUGUUGAAUCCCUUCAAUCUGAAAUUGCUUCUCUGGAAUCAAAAAUGCAAAAGAAAAUUGAAGAACUCAGCCAAAGCCAGGAAACUCUGAAGGAUGUCAACUUUCAGAAAGAACUUGCUCUUCAGGUAAAGGAUGCUGAAAUAGAUGCUUUGAAAUCUGAAAUCCAACAAUGCUCAGAAGGUCUUCAGGCAAAGGAUCUUGCUCUUCAAGAAAGAGAUGCUGAUCUUUUAGAACUAAGAACUAGCCUCAACCAACAAAAUCUUGCCAUUGCUGAAAAAGCCAUUCUUAGUGAAUCCCUUCAGUCUGAAAUUGCCGCAUUGAAAUCAGACAUGCAAAAGAAAGUUGAAGAACUCUGCCAAGUCCAAGAAUUAGUGGAAAGUCUCAAAGAAAACAAUUUGCAGAAAGAUCUUACUCUUCAAGAAAGGGUUGCUGAAAUUUCAGGUUUGAAAUCUGAUAUGGAACAGGAAAUUAAAGAACUCUGCCAAGUCCAGGAAACUCUCAAAGACGACAUCUUACAGAAAGAUCUUGCCCUUCAAGAAAAAGAUGCUGAAAUCUUAGAAAUCAAAACAAACCUUGAACAAAAAACUGUUGAAAUUACUGAAAAAGAUAUCGUUGUUGAAUCUCUUCAAUCUGAAAUUGAAGCUUUGAAAUUCGACAUUCAACAGAGAAUUAAAGAACACUGCCAACUGCAGGAAUUAGUGGAAACUUUCAAAGACAACAUCAUGCAGAAAGAUCUUGCUCUUCAAGAAAAGAAUGCUGAAAUUUUAGAAGUCAGAGCUAACCUUGACCAAAAAACUGUUGACUAUUCUGAAAAAACUGUCAUUGUUGAAUCCCUUCAAUCUGAAAUUGCUUCUCUGGAAUCAAAAAUGCAAAAGAAAAUUGAAGAACUCAGCCAAAGUCAGGAAACUUUGAAAGAUGUCAACUUUCAGAAAGAACUUGCUCUUCAGGUAAAGGAUGCUGAAAUAGAUGCUUUGAAAUCAGAAAUGCAACAGAAAAUUGAAGAACUCUGUCUUGUCAAAGAAACAUUUAAAGAUGAUACAUUGCAAAAAAAUCUUGCCAUUCGAGAAAAAGAUGCUGAACUAUUAGAAGUGAGAACUUGCCUUGAACAAAAAACUGUUGACAUUGCUGAAAAAGAUGUUAUUAUUGAAUCCCUUCAGUCUGAAAUUGCUACUCUCAAAUCUGAUAUGCAAUUAAAAAUUGAAACAUUUGAAGGAUAUACCUUACAAAAAGAUUUUGCCCUUCAAGAAAAAGAUGCUGAACUAUUAGAAGUGAGAACUUGCCUUGAACAGAGAACUGUUGAGAUUGCUGAAAAAGAUGUCCUUAUUGAAUCUCUUCAAUCCAAAAUUACAGAUUUGAAAUCAGACACACAACAGAAAGAUGAAGAAAACUGCCAAGUCCAGGAAAUAGUGGAAACUCUAAAAAAUGACAUCCUGCAGAAAGAUCUUGCUCUUCAAGAAAACAUUGCUGAAAUCUUAGAAGUAAAAACUACCCUUGAACAAAAAACUGUUGAAAUUGCUGAAAAAGCUGUUCUUAUUGAAUCUCUUCAGUCCAAAAUUGAUUCUCUGGAAUCCGAUAUACAACACAAAAUUAAUAUGUUUGAAGAUGAUACCUUGCGAAAAGAUCUUGCCCUUCAAGAAAAAGAUGCUGAAAUCUUAGAAAUCAGAACUUGCCUUGACCAUAAAACUGUUGACAAUGCUGAAAAAGCUGUUCUCAUUGAAUCCCUUCAAUCCAAAAUCGCUUCUCUCGAAUCUGAUAUGCAACUAAAAAUUGAAACAUUUGAAGACGAUACCUUGCGAAAAGAUCAUGCCCUUCAAGAAAAAGAUGCUGAAAUCUUAGAAGUCAGAACUUGCCUUGAACAGAAAACUGUUGACAUUGCUGAAAAAACUGUUCUUAUUGAGUCCCUUCAAUCUGAAAUUGUGGCUUUGAAAUCAGAAAUGCAACAAAAAACUGAAGAUAGCUGUCAAGUCCAGGAGUUGUUGGAAGCCAUGAAAGCUGAGAAUAGUCAGGCACUGUCCAGUCUGAAUGGACAGGUCAGUAGCUUAACAGAGCUCAUUGAUUCACAAAAAGCAGACUUGCUGGAAAAAGAGUCUGACAUUAGCAAACUAAAGUUAGAACUAAACAAAGAAAGGGAGGUUAGUGAAGAUAAAGAUAAUUUAUUGAGCUCUUUAGAUAAUAAAGUUACUGAAUAUGCUGCCCAGUGUCAAGAACAGUCUGAUGAGAUUACUAAAUUAACAGAAAUAGCUGAACUUCACAAAGAGAAAUGCAGUCAACAGAUUUCCUCUUUAGAAACUGAGCUAAACACAAAGCUUGUAGAAAUACAGAAGCAAGCGGAAGUCAUUAAGAAUGUUUCCCUUGAGAAAGAGUCCAUUUCAGCCGAGCUUGAGUCUAAACAGGAAGAAAUCAAGAAUCUCUCAGAGUCUGUUUAUGAAAAGAAAGCUGAAAUUGAUAGAUUAACUAGUCAGACUAGUGAACUGAGACUAGUAAUUCAAAUCAAAGAUGAAGAAAUGAGUGCAAAAGAUACCAUUAUUUUGGACAAAGAAAAAGCUAUGCAUGAGUUUGAGUUUAUCAUCUCUCAGUUGAAAUCUGAGGUUCUUAAGAAAUCUGAAGAGAUCCAAGAUUCAGACCAAAUCAUUUCUCAGUUGAAAUCAGAAGUUCUUAAGAAAUCUGAAGAGAUUCAAGAAUCAGAACGAAUCAUUUCUCAUUUGAAAUCUGAGGUUCUUAAGAAAUCUGAAGAGUAUCAAGAAUCAGAACGAAUCAUUUCUCAGUUGAAAUCAGAGGUUCUUGAGAAAUCUGAAGAGAUCCAAGAUUCAGAACAAAUAAUUUCUCAGUUGAAAUCUGAGGUUCUUAAGAAAUCUGAAGAGAUUCAAGAAUCAGAACGAAUCAUUUCUCAGUUGAAAUCUGAGGUUCUUGAGAAAUCUGAAGAUUUGGAGAAGAAAGAUGUCAACUUGGUUGAUUUAAGUUCCAAGAUGGAUGAACUAACUAUCACUCUGCAGCAGAAAGAACUUGAAAUAAUGCACUCUAAUGAACUGGUUGCAAACCUGAAGUUUGAAAAUGAGAAAAAGUUGUCUCAAGCGGAAGAGAAGUUAAGUACAACUCUUGAUGAUUUGAAUGUCAAAGCUGAGUUUCUUCAAAACAAGGAAUCUGAAAUCAAGGAUCUCCAAACUGCUCUAAAACUCCAGGCUCAAGAAGUGGAAAGUAAAGACAAUCUUGUCGAGUCACUGAUGUCAGAAAUCUCUGAAAUAAAGGCCAUGCUCCAACAGAGAAUCCAAGAAAUCUCUGAAAAACAGGAAGUUAUUGAAUCACUGAAAGCAGAACAGGAAGUUAUUGAAUCACUGAAAGCAGAACAGGAAGUGACCUUUGCUACAUUGAAGGAUCAGGCAGCUUCAGAGGUUAACACAGUUAAAUUAGAUUUGCAACAACAAGUUGAUGAUAAUAAAAAGCUGGAGGAGUUAGUUUCCAACUUGAAUGACCAGCUCUUGGAAAUGUCCUCAGCUCUUCAGUUAAAAACAGAGGAAGCAGCUGAAGCGCUAGCAAUGCUCAGCACUCUAAAAUCAGAUUGUGAAAUUGAAGUAUCAACACUUGGUGACAAAUUGACCUCAGUGACUGCUAAGCUACAAGAAACAGAUGACAAAUUGACCUCUGUGAUUGCUAAACUACAAGAAACAGAAGUGGCUCUUCUUAACAAAGAGUCAGAAACAUCUGAGCUGAGGUCAAAUGCAACACAGCAAGCUGAAGAGUUGAGAGAAAAAGAUAAUGAAAUUGUCUCAAUCAGUUUGAAAAUGGAAGAGCUCACUGCUGAACUGCUAGAUAAAAACUGUAAAAUGUUGGAAAUGAAGGCAAAUCUAGAUAAGGAGAAGGAAGAAGGCAUUGAGAAGGAUAAUUUGAUAGAAUCCCUGCGUUCUGAAAUAGCUAUUUUGAAAUUUGAUCUACAGUCCAAAAUGGAGGAAGUCAUUCAUGUGCAUGAGCAUGUAGAGUCCAUUGAAAGGAAAAAUGGGCUAGAAUUAUCAGAACUCAGACAACAGAAGGCUAAAUUGGAAGAAGAACUUGAAAUAGAAAGAUCAGUCUCUUUGCAGAAGGAUUCUGAACUAGCUGUCCUGACAUGUAGUCUUAACCAACAGAAAGAUUCCAUUACAGAGAAAGAGGAAAUGAUUGUUUCCUUAACCAACAAAAUUGCCGAUUAUGUGGUCAGUUUAAAGGAAAAAACAGAAGAAAGUGUCAAAGCUAUGGAGCUGUUGGAAGAAAUGAAAUCUGAGAAAAAUGAAGAAAAUGAAAAGUUGAAGCAGCUUCUUCAAACAUUGAAAGAAGAGAAAGAGGCAGAAAUUGCUUUGGUUAAAGAAAAAACAGGAAACGUGCUGGAAGAUUUGCGCAUUCAGUUUGAGGCAGCGAAAGAAUCAGAGAUGAAAGCCCUCUCCCAGCAGAAAGCUGAGUUUGACAUCCAGUUGAAUGAACUUCAUGAACUCAAAGCUGCACAAACUGACGCUUUAGAACAAGAGGUCACCUCUUGGAAAAUAAAAUAUGAGAAGAAACUUCAGGAUGAGAUCAAAUAUCUCCAUGAACUGGAAGACCUCAGACUUCAACAGUACAAUCAAAUAGCUAUUUAUGAAGAGAAAAUGGCUGAAAUGGCUAGCACAUUGCAGCAAGUUAAAAUUGAAGAGAAAGAGUACAAGUCAAAAUUAGAAUAUUUUAUGGUCCAAAACAGCCAGUUAGAAACAAAGUACAGGUCAGCAGUUGAAGAAAACACGGCACUCAGAGACAGAGAAAGUAAACAUUUGAAGGAAAGUGACUCACAGAUGAAGAAAGCAAACGAGUUCUGUAAUGAUUUAAGGAGACAAAUUGAAGAAUAUAAAAAAAAGCUGGAAGACAAAGAAAAUGAGUCCAAGAAUUUUACUGAAAUUUCUAAACGUCAAGAGCAACAUGUACAAAAUAUGAAGGAAACUAAUACCCGCCUGUCUAAUGCACUGAAAAUUGAACGAGAUACCAAUAUGAAGAUGCAAAAACGUAUGGAAGGUCAAGCCUCAAAAUUAGGAGAGAUACAACUCAAGUAUGAAAACAUGCAGAAGGAAAAUAAAUUAUAUGCUACUGAGGUGAACAGGCUGAAAACAGCAUUAGACUACAGUGACAGAAAGCUGAGAGAAUACCAGCACCAACUGGACCAGGCUGGCACUGCUCUGCUGGGGGAUGCCUCUCAUUUCCAGCAAAUUAUUGAAGAGGAAGAAUGUGACAGUUUAGAAGAUUCUAUUGAAAUCAAAGAACCUGUUAUUUCUGGUAGAAUGCUGCGCUCAAAUUCCAGAUUAUCUUCAGGUGGUGAGAGCUUGUACUCCUAUCCCAACGACACAACAAUCUCGUCUGAAAGGCUGAACCCGAAGAGGGAAACAAUGGCCAGCUUAGGAGAAUUAAAAGACAAAUAUCCCAGUGGAAAACUGCGGCAAACAGAAGAUCGUAUGAGUAUUUGCUCUACCUCCUCGUCACAAUCUAUCAAAUCAUUAAAUGGUGUACCAGGAGCUUUUCUUCCAAACGCCAUAAUGUCCUGCGCCAAUGAGCCGGAGGGUCCUGACUUUGAGUGGGACAGGCUGAGUGAGUUGCAGCGUAGAAACACAAUGUAUCCUCCCCACAUGAAGUCGGCCUACCCUGUGGAGAUGCAGGCAGUCAGGAAGGAUAAGAUCACCGAUGAUAAUUUAAGAAUGAGUCUCUUGCCUAAUAAAAGAGUAAGCCCUGCUAGACAUACACAUUCUAAAAAAGAAAAGGAAAGUGGAACUUCAAAGCAAGGAGACCAAAAGCAUGAUGCUAAUAAUACAACUUCUAAGAGGAAAGUACCAGCUAAACAACCCAGUGAAGAGAAUUCAGGGCAAAGCCCUCCAAAGCAGCUGCGCACAGCCCCUGUUUACCAGAGACCUGGCCCACCUACACCAGGGAAGCAGCCACGGAGAAUAUCUGGCAGGUUCACGCCCUCCCACGGCAUCUCUCCUUCAAUGAACGGGAAGAUCAAGGCUCUUGGGUCGCCCAUUGCCCGACCAAACCCACGCCACACUCCAAACAAAAGGACACCUCGGCGAUCACCUAGAUUUGCUAACCAGAAUGCAUCACCCAAAACUAUUAGUGAAAGUGAUCGCAGAGAAAGUGUUGCAUUUAAUAUUGGUUUCACACCAAUGAAGAGUAGUGGACCAAAAAGAUUCCUACAGAAAACCAUAUUUGGCUCUAAGAGCAAAGGCAGUAGUAAGGUAGUUCCUGCAGAGCCAGCUCAGCAAGAUCAGAAACACAAAGAGCCACAGAAAAAUCGAAAGCCUCUUGGAAUAAGAAACUUCUUGGAAACAGGCAUAUAAACAAGCAGCACCGGUUUUUGUAUAUUUGUGUACAGAUGUUUUAACAGUGUAAAUAGCAAUGACCUCUAGUAGAGCCAUAAUCUGGA